AUGGAAACUAUUCGCAAUGGUUCGAUCAAGUGGAAGACCACUGCAGUUGGCUAUUUCCUUGGGAAAAGACCGUACUUUUAUCAUGUUAAGGAUUUUGCCUUCUCCGCUUGGCCUGGAUUGAGGGAGGUAAAAGCCACAACGAAUGAAUUUUUCUUCUUCCAAUUCAAGACUGUUGCGUAUAUGGAAGAAGCAAUUGAAGGUGGACCAUGGUUGUUUCAAGGACAACCAAUUGUGCUACAGAAAUGGGAGCCGGGUAUGGCGAUGAGGAAAUUAAAACAUACACACGUCCUAGUUUGGAUAAAACUGAGACAUUUACCGGUAGAAUUAUGGACUGAAGAGGGCCUCAGCACGGUGGCCAGCGGUAUUGGCAAACCCCUAUAUAUGGAUGCUAUUACGAGGGCAUGCACGAGACUGGACUUCGCUCGUGUAUGCGUCAUGUUGGAUGUGAGCUCUAAAUUACAUAAACAUAUUAUCAUUAUGACUCCUAACGAGGAAGGAGGAGAGACACCAUGCAAAAUUGACGUUAAAUAUGAAUGGAUACCUUCCAAAUGUACCAGGUGUAUGACGUUAGGCCAUUCGGCUAAGGAUUGUGCGCUCAAUAAACCAUCAAAACCUAUUAAACCACAGGUUGCCGUUUACGUUCCAAAAACAGGACCUGAAGAGCCGAUUACUGUGCAUGAUCAGGUGAUAACACCACCACCUCGAGGGGAGGAAAAGCAUAGAGAUGGGCGUGAAUGGAGGUGGAGUGAGGGCAAGUCGAAAGGAUAA